GUUCCAAUUUACCAUUUUACUUUCUUAAUAAUUUCAUCCCUAAUUCAUCAACACAUCACACUUUUUACCUCCCAUAAAUACUCGUCAAAACCUCUCUCACGUCUCCAUUUACUGUAUUUUAUUCUCUCUCUCUCUCUGUCUCUCCUCUUGUACUCUCUGUCUUCAGGACAUUCAUCUUGUUCAUCGAUAAAGUUUCAGACAAGAAUAUGUCUCGAAGAGGAUCCAAAAGAGUGAGCUUUAGUCCGGAAUCAGAAGAAGCAAACGACGAACCAAUCUUUCCAACACACACCGGUCUCAGCUCAUCACGGCAUGGUCGUCGGAGGGUCGUCGUCGGAAUUCUCAGUUUUGGCGUCAGUAGCUCGCCGGCAGCAAGGAGAUUACUCCGGCGUAUAGGAGCAGGAGUCGGUAAAACGUUUCGUUUUGUAUCUUUCGGAAAGAAGAGUAAUAACACGAAAACGACACUGUCGUCUUCGUCUUUUUCUUGCUCUUCCUCAUCUUACUCUUCGUCGUCUAUUUAUCUGGCCAAGUCAAAGUCUCUAAACGAAUCGGAGUCUCACCGUGCAGAAGCUAUUGAGGACUGCAUAGAGUUCUUAAACUCUUGUUCUUCUAUGUCGAGAUCAAACUCGAUCUCCACGUGGUCUUGCUAAACUACGGGUUUGUCCCGAUUCAGGUUCGGGUUCGAUCGACAAAGCUUCAAAACUAUUAUUAUUAUUCUUUUGUAAUGUAAAAGAUUUGAAAUUUUAGGGUUGCGUGUAGAUGAUCAGUUGCUUCAGUUAGCUAGUGUUUUCUUUUGGUACCAACUUGUCACUUCUUGGCAACAAUAUACUCGACAUGCAGCAGAUAAAUCAAAUAUGCAUAGGACAUUUGGAUUGUUAUCGUUUCAACAUGAAUUAGAUGUUAUGACGUUUAUUUAUUUAAA